CGCGCCGUAACAAUGCUCUACGUGGCGGCGCAACCGCACCAUCGGUUGAGCUGUUUCGUGAAGCGCGUGUACGCGUGUACCAUGGGCGAUAGUGCUUCCAAGAACGAUUAUAUGUGUUUGCGAAUUAUUGCCCGCAAGUAAGUGUUCAUUUCCCGAACGCCUUAGAUGUGUAUACCCACGUAGUACCGCUGACGUGUGCUAGUGUUGAGCUCCUUGUGGUAGAAAAUGCCCCUACUUGCACUCGUACGAAAAGUGUGCGGCGACAUCGGCGAAGUCGGCGGUGGCAGCGACGAUGAAGAAACAGCAGUGUUUGAAAACGCCAGAUAGUCCGCCCUGCCUUCCCAAUGCCUCCACGUUCGCGUGGCUCCCUCUGUCAUCCUGAUGUAGAGAUGAAUGCCUUUCGUAGAACAGUUCUGCGGCGACCGGCGAACGUUUGCUAUUCACUGCUGGCACGGUCGCAAGCUCUGUUAAUUCCUGUAGCGAGAUACCGGCAGACGCGGUUCAGCUCGCGGCGGGUGCGGAAGCGCGUCAUCUUCAAGAACGGCGACUGCAACGUGGUGCAGGGCAACGUGGCGAAGCGGCGGCGCCGCUACCUGCAGGACAUCUUCACGACGCUGGUGGACGCGCAGUGGCGCUGGACGCUGCUCGUCUUCGCGAUGAACUUUGUGCUGAGCUGGCUGGCGUUCGCCGUCAUCUGGUGGCUGAUCGUGCUGUCGCACGGCGACCUGGAGCCCGAGCACAACGAGAAGGUGGCCGCCGCGCUCGGCCGAAACCUCUCCGACGUCGACGCCGGCUGGCGGCCCUGCGUCCGCGACGUGUCCGGCUUCGCCUCGUGCUUCCUCUUCAGCGUCGAGACGCAGCACACCAUCGGCUACGGCUCCAAGCACACCACCGAGGAGUGCCCGGAGGCCAUAUUCGUCAUGUGCCUGCAGAGCAUCGUCGGGGUCAUGAUUCAGGCGUUCAUGGUGGGCAUCGUGUUCGCCAAGCUGUCGCGGCCCAAGAAGCGGACGCAGACGCUGCUGUUCAGCCGGCACGCCGUCAUCUGCCAGCGGGACGGCUUCCACUGCCUCAUGUUCCGCGUCGGCGACAUGCGCAAGUCGCACAUCGUCGAGGCGCACGUGCGCGCCCAGAUCAUCCGCAGGAAGGUGACGAAGGAGGGCGAGCUGCUGCCGUACUCCCAGCAGGAGCUGCGCGUGGGCGGCGACGGCGAGGAGGAGAAGAUCUUCUUCAUCUGGCCCACCACUAUCGUGCACCGCAUCGACAAGUGGUCGCCGCUGUACCCCCUGUCCGCCUCGGAGAUGCUGCGCGAGCGCUUCGAGAUCGUCGUCAUUCUCGAAGGCGUGAUCGAGUCGACGGGGAUGACGACGCAGGCGCGGUCGUCGUACCUGCCCAGCGAGAUCCUGUGGGGCCACCGCUUCGAGCCGCUGGUGACCUUCAAGAAGGAGACGGGCGAGUACGAGGUGGACUACAGCCUGUUCAACAACACGUACGAGGUGGAGACGCCGCUGUGCAGCGCCAAGGCGCUCGACGAGCUGCGGCAGGCGCACGGCAAGGCAGAGUGCGGGCCGUCGCCGUCGGCGUCGCCCGGCGGGCCCGGCAAGGCGCGCUGCGGCCUGCGGGCGCCGCCCGACUCUCUGGAGCUGCACAGCGCCAGCGGAGACUCCAACAGCGAGGACGCGCCCACCGUCGUCACCGUGACGUCACCGCUGGACGCCGCCGGCCCCGAGUCGCGCAUAUAGCGCGCGCCCGCCCGCGCCGCCGACGCCGCCAAGGCCAGGGGCUGACGGACCGGGCGAGCUAGAGGGGCGGUUCGGGGGAGCGAGCCAACCGAAGCGGCUAGGAUGAAGGCGGUCGGCCGAACGAGACGGCGCGUGGCGUGGCUUGCCGCGGCUCCCCCCUCUGCGGCUGCGGGCGAAGCCGGCUGUGCCGAGGCGAGCCGCCGGCGGCUGCCCGCUCCGCAGUCUGCACGCGGUCCGCUCGGCGCGCGCACACCCGGCGUUCCGACAGUUCGUGACUGCGUAUGAGGAGCGGACCCCCAUCGUGCCCGACGAGGUGUGGGCGUUCUGCAGAAGCCGCUCGCACCGCUUGGAUGAGCUCGCGACGGACUAUAGUGAUGACUUCUGUGGUGUGGACAGCACGGUAGCUGAAGUGCGUUCUGUGUGGACUCGUCAAGUUGCAGUUGACGCGCGACAAGAUUUGUGAUAGUGUUUAUACCUUUUUUUAGCUUUUCGUUCAUAUUCUGCCCGUGUUACGUGUGACCAUAAAAAGACAUCUGAUGUGUAAAUAUUCCGACAGUACCCACUCAUCCGUAGAAGUUCGUGUCAGUAAACGUUUGUGCGGUUUCGAACAAUCUGAGUGAAUUAUAUCUGCCUCCAAUAUCACGCGAAGCAGUUGUCGCUCACACGAGCUCGCUUUUAGAUUAAAGGGUGGGAAAGCGUCACGGAACUGACGCAGAAUUAGCUUCCGGGGAUAUAGAGGUAUAGGAAGUAACUGAGCUUUAAUUUACUAUUUCUGUGCCCGUGGAAUGGACGUCGCUAUUCGUGUGUUCUUACCGAAUUUUAUAUGAGGUCGCUGAGACCUGCAUGGCCGUCCUUUUGCUGGCUUUUGAUUUUGUACGUUUUAUCCAUCAUUUGCUGUUGUGCGUACGCAGUUCUCAACGGUGUGUAUUGCCACAAAAGGAAUCCGUUCCGUAGGUAUAAAGUCUGAAACGUUAAGUUCUUCCACAUGAGAGCUGCUUUCCAGAUAUUUAAGAAGAAAAAGACUUGAGCUGUUUUAUAGAGCCGUAACAGUUUUCAUUGAUGUAACGUAUACGAUGAAAAAGGUUUACUAGCGAGUGUAAAAAAAGGUAAAAAGUGUGUGUGUGAUACGGCACUGACUAGUCAGUGAGAACGCUUAGUGGUAAUUACUGAAAGCUAGCAGCUGGAAUAACUAUCGUUUUGUACAGUUUCAGUGCAUGGUGAGAAGCGAGGAUCGAAUUAUGUUUUCCGUGGAGUAAUUGUACGCAGCGGAGAGAAACAAUAAAUUGUUUAUUGAAACAAUA